UCCAAACACUAUGAAUGGAAAUAUGCGGAUUCACAUGUAAAAUGUGCUUUUUGUGUUUUUGAUCACUAAUCAAAGUCUGAACUAGCGAUUGGGCACGCCCUUGUAGUGUGAACAAGUACGACAGCCAGUGCACCACCGUGAGUCUCAGGAUUCCGAUUUUCCACCGCCAGAGUAAACAGACUAGAAAGCUGAAACCAGGCGCGACUGUGUGAGCUGAUGAUGAUGGCCACGACAAGCAGCUUCUUCACCUUAUCAUUCUCCUCUGUUCCGUCCUAUCGAACUCCUUUUCUCCAUCCUCCUCGGUUUCCUAUUCCUUCUCACUCUAAGAAAGGAGUUUGGGGACGAGGAUUGGUGGUACUUAAAGUGAACUGUGUAUCGGAGCGCAGUAAAGGUAGCGCCCAGUCCGAGUCUGAAACUACGUCAUUGUCGCCUUCGUGUUCGGAAUCGUCGUCUUCUUCAACCUUUAUUGAGGAAGAUGAGAGGAGUAUCUCCGCGUACAAAUGGUGUGCGGCUCUUGGAGGCAUUGGAUUUGCAGAGACAGGGUAUUUGACUUACCUGAAGCUCACUGAAACGGACGCAUUCUGCCCUAUGGGAGGGGGCUCUUGCUCAACCAUCCUGAACAGUGACUAUUCAUCUAUUCUUGGUGCUCCUCUUCCAUUGUUUGGUAUGCUUGCAUAUGGAUUAGUUGCAGUCCUUGGCCUAAAACUCCAACUAGGUCCCAGAAAAAUGGCAUUUGACUCUGGGAAAACUGAUGGUGAAAUGAUCUUAACUGGAAUAACCACUUCCAUGGCAGUAGCUAGUGCAUACUUUUUAUACAUACUAAGCACCGAGUUUGUUGGAGAAUCAUGUUUAUAUUGUUUGGCAUCAGCAGCAUUAUCCUUCAGCUUGUUCUUCAUCACCCUUAAGAAUUUUGGGCUGGAGAAAAUUAAAAAGAUGUUGGGUCCCCAAUUAUGCAUAGCUAGCUUGGUUGUUAUUGCCUUGAGCUCAUCAUAUAAUGCUUUCCCUCCUGUCUCACCAAGCCUGGCAGAGACGGAGAUACCAUAUGUUGAAACGGAGAUCACAAAAGAGUCCAGUCCUUUGGCCCUUUCUCUUGCAAAACAUCUACGGUCAAUUGGUGCAAAACUAUAUGGGGCUUUCUGGUGUUCACAUUGUGUGGAUCAGAAACAGAUGUUUGGUCGUGAAGCGGCAAAACUGCUGGACUAUGUAGAGUGCUACCCUGAUGGAGUAAGAGAAGGGACACAAAUGGCUAAGGCCUGUUUUGAUGUUGAGCUUAAAGGAUUCCCAACCUGGGAAAUAAAUGGCCAGGUUGUGAGCGGAGAGAAGCACUUCCCGGAGCUUGCUAGAUUAUCUGGAUUCAAGCUUGAAGAUUUAAGUCAAUAAACCUAAGUCGUCCACUUUUAUCUUUUCUCACUUUUGGUUUUAUAAGCCCUGGAUACAGUGCUUAGUAGCUAAUGAUAUGCACACCUCUUUUCAGUCAGCUCAAGCAUAAAGUUUUCCGUAAGUUUCAACUAUUACUGAUGCAGGAGUUAGCUUGACUGGAAUCAUCGUCGUACAUCAGUGACUAUACAUGUAGUAGCUGACAAUUAUUGAAGCUUUUGUAGUUGGGAUUCUCUUGUACUGAUUGGGAUCCUUAAUGUCAAUUAUGCAGUUCAUUCUGCGUC